UUUCCAUAAAGCCAGUCUUUGCUAUUAAUUUAAAGUUUUUAUAAAAAAGCUGGCUCCAAUAAAAGCCAAUAAACACUUUUGCUGAAUCGCAAACGCAUUCUUCAUCAAUGUUUGGUGCCUUGGCGGGAGCUGAACACUGGUGAAAUUUUUAAAAAAAAAGCAGCACACAGGUCCCGAAAUAGCUUUUUCUCCUCCUUCAUUAACCCUUAAUACAUGCACCAUGGCAAGAUGGAAAUGGAGUUUGAGUUUGCUAUUUAUUUUAGCAAUACAAGUUUUGUGCGAUCAACAAGAACAAGUCGAAGGUUUUUUUAGUCAAAGUGGACAUACGAAUAACUGGGCCGUGUUAGUUUGUACUUCUCGAUUCUGGUUCAAUUACCGUCAUGUGGCAAACACCUUAUCCAUGUACCGAACAGUAAAACGACUGGGUAUACCCGAUUCGAAUAUUAUUCUGAUGUUGGCCGAUGAUGUUUCUUGUAAUCCUCGAAAUAAAUAUCCUGCAACUGUAUACAACAAUGCGAAUCGUUUAUUAGACCUGUACGGUGAUAAUGUGGAAGUGGAUUAUAGAGGAUAUGAGGUUACUGUAGAGAACUUUAUUCGUAUGCUUACAGGCCGUGUGUCUCCAGAUACACCCCGUUCAAAGAGAUUGUUAUCAGACGAUAGAUCCAACAUUUUGGUCUAUAUGACAGGGCAUGGUGGGGAUGAGUUUUUAAAAUUCCAAGAUGCUGAAGAAAUCAGUGCCUACGAUUUAGCUGAUUCAUUCAAGCAAAUGUCUGAGAAAAAGAGAUAUAACGAAAUUUUGUUCAUGAUUGAUACUUGCCAAGCAAAUACAAUGUACAGUAAAAUAAACUCUACGAACAUUCUUGCAACUGGCAGUAGUAAAUUAGACGAGAGCUCAUACUCCCAUCAUACAGAUUAUGAUAUCGGUGUUGCUGUUAUUGACAGUUUUACUUAUUACAAUUUGGAGUUUCUGGAAAAAGUGGAUCAAACAAGUGAUAAGACCCUUCAAGAAUUGUUUGAUACGUACGAUCCGGUCAAAAUUGCGUCUCAUCCUGGUAUUAGAUCAGAUUUGUUCAACAGACCAUUGGAUAAGGUCAAAGUAACCGACUUUUUUGGAAAUGUUCAAAAUGUAGAAUUAACCAAGAGCAGAUAUCCGUUACUACAAGAUGAUAGUGUGGAUGAAGAACCAAUCUUUUUUGCCCCAAAUAACACAUUACCAGCCAAAGACCAUCUUUUCCGUUCUUUUCUUGUUGAAAAGAGCUCAAAGUCGAGUACAUUAUUCGGCGUAUUAUCAGCACUCCUCAUUGGAUAUGUCAUUAGUGCAACCGUGAUAAUGUAAAUACGGUCUGUGCAUUAUAACCCGUAUAAUAAACACAUGGUUUUCCCUAAUUAUUCAUCCCCCCCCCCUUUUCCCCCUUUGAUACCCCUAUUUAAUCAACAACAUGGCAAUUAUGAAUCGUGGUUUUAUAUUAUUUCUCUCCUUAAAGGCCGUACAUCUGCAUAUCAUUGUACAAACUUAAAUUUUUGUAAUAACAAGUG